CGGUCCCCGCCCGCCCGCGGGGCUAUGAGGCCGUAGGGCCCGCGGGCCGGAGCAGCCUUCCGCCGCCAGCAUGUUCGGCCGCUCCCGCAGCUGGGUGGGCGGCGGGCACGGGAAGGCCGCCCGCAGCAUCCACUCCUUGGACCACCUCAAGUACAUGUAUCAUAUUUUGACUAAAAAUACAACAGUAACAGACCACAACCGCAACCUGCUGGUGGAGACCAUUCGUUCCAUAACUGAGAUCCUGAUCUGGGGGGAUCAGAAUGACAGCUCAGUGUUUGACUUUUUCUUGGAGAAGAAUAUGUUUGUGUUCUUCCUGAACAUCCUGCGUCAGAAGUCUGGUCGUUAUGUGUGUGUGCAGCUGCUGCAGACUCUGAACAUCCUUUUUGAGAACAUCAGCCAUGAAACAUCCCUGUACUACCUGCUCUCUAAUAACUAUGUGAAUUCCAUUAUUGUCCACAAAUUUGACUUUUCUGAUGAGGAGAUCAUGGCAUAUUACAUAUCAUUUUUGAAAACUCUUUCCCUGAAACUCAAUAAUCAUACUGUACAUUUCUUUUAUAAUGAGCACACUAAUGACUUUGCUUUGUACACUGAAGCUAUUAAAUUUUUUAACCACCCCGAAAGCAUGGUCAGGAUUGCUGUUAGGACUAUAACUUUAAAUGUCUACAAAGUGUCAUUGGACAACCAGCCUAUGCUGCAUUACAUUCGAGAUAAAACUGCAGUUCCUUAUUUCUCCAACCUUGUCUGGUUUAUUGGCAGCCAUGUGAUAGAGCUGGACAACUGCGUGCAGACUGAUGAAGAGCACAGAAAUAGGGGCAAACUGAGUGACCUGGUAGCAGAACAUCUUGAUCAUUUGCAUUACCUUAAUGAUAUCCUUAUCAUUAACUGUGAAUUUUUAAAUGAUGUGCUGACAGAUCACCUACUUAAUAGGCUCUUUCUUCCCCUCUACGUGUAUUCAUUAGUAAAUCAAGACAAGGGUGGAGAGCGUCCAAAAAUAAGUCUCCAGGUUUCUCUCUAUCUUCUGUCUCAAGUUUUUCUGAUUAUACAUUAUGCUCCCUUGGUGAACUCUUUGGCUGAGGUUAUACUCAAUGGGGACCUCUCAGUGUUUUCUUCUAAGGUUGAGCAAGAUAUACAGAAAAACUCAGCAAAGUCAAGUAUCAGGUGUUUCAUAAAACCCACAGAAACACUUGAGAGGUCUCUUGAAAUUAACAAACAAAAAGGGAAGAAGAGGAUGCAGAAAAGACCCAACUAUAAAAAUGUUGGUGAAGAAGAUGAAGAGGAGAGAGGAUCUGAAGAUAACCAAGAUGACCUUGAUAAAAGCAAAGGUACAGAAGCAAGUUCAAAGGGUGUAAGAACAAGCACUGAAAAUGAAGAAAUAGAGAUGGUAAUCAUGGAGAGAUGUAAGCUGUCAGAGUUGUCUAUCUCUGCUGUGACAGAACAGAAUACAACAGAUGAAGAAAAAAGUGCAGCUGCUUCUGGGAGUGAGAUAACGAACUGGAACAGGCCUUUUCUUGAUAUGGUCUAUAAUGCACUGGACUGUCCUGAAGAUGAUUACUAUGCACUCUUUGUGCUCUGUCUUUUAUAUGCAAUGUCACACAACAAAGGACUUGACUCAGUCAAGCUGGAGAGAAUUCAACUUCCGGCUCAGCAUGCUGCUGAAGAGAGAAAUUCCUAUAAUCAUGUCCUUGCAGAAGGACUCAUCAGGAUAAUGAAUUAUGCUGCACAACCAGAUGGAAAAAUUCGUUUGGCAACUUUAGAACUUGGCUGCCUGUUGCUGAAGCAACUUGUGUUUUCCAAAAAUGGCAGGAUCAUAAAAAGUGUGCACCUUGAUUGUCUUGAGGGUGCAAGGGAGGAAAGUGUUCAUCUCCUUCGUCGUUUCUAUAAGGGAGAAGAAAUCUUUCUGGAUAUGUUUGAAGAUGAAUACCGGAGUAUGACAAUGAAACCUAUGAAUGUAGAAUACUUGAUGAUGGAUGCCUCGAUCUUGCUACCCCCAACGGGGACACCACUGACUGGGAUUGAUUUUGUGAAAAGGUUGCCUUGUGGAGAUGUGGAAAGAACACGAAGAGCAAUCAGAGUUUUCUUUAUGCUUCGUUCACUGUCACUGGACUUGCAAGGUGAGCUGGAAACUCAGUUACCACUCACAAGGGAGGGAGAUCUGAUAAAGGCAGAUGAUGUUCUGGAUUUGAAUAACAGUGAUCUGAUUGCUUGUACAGUCAUAACAAAGGAUGGGGGUCAAGUUCAGAGAUUCCUGGCUGUGGAUAUUUACCAGAUGAGUUUGGUUGAACCAGAUGUUGCCAGACUCGGAUGGGGAGUAGUUAAAUUUGCAGGCCUUCUGCAGGAUAUGCAGGUGACUGGAGUAGAGGAUGACAGCAGAGCCCUGAACAUAAUAAUUCACAAGCCUGCCUCAAGUCCUCAUUCGAAGCCCUUCCCGAUCCUCCAGGCCACGUUUAUUUUUGCGGAUCACAUUCGCUGCAUCAUCGCCAAGCAGCGCCUGGCCAAAGGCCGCAUCCAGGCUCGGCGCACCAAAAUGCAGAGAAUAGCAGCUCUCCUGGAUCUUCCUGUUCAGCCUUCAACUGAAGUUAUGGGUUUUGGACACAGCUCUGGAGCUGCAGCCCAGCACCUCCCAUUUAGAUUCUAUGACCAGUCCCGGCGUGGGAGCAGUGACCCGACGGUGCAGCGCUCUGUCUUUGCAUCUGUUGACAAAGUCCCAGGCUUUGCUGUAGCCCAGUGCAUAAAUCAGCACAGUGCAUCCCCACUCUCGUCACCAUCCCCUUCCAGUGGCAGUGGCAGUACAGGGCGCUGUGAUUCAGUGACUGCAAGCUCGACAUCCACUCCUUCUGCUGCUCAGAGCCCUGCAGAUGAUGCUUCAGCUCCAGAGCAGCCUCUGAUGUCCAGUCAGACAAUGUUGACUGAUGAAACUCUUUCAGCUGUUUCAAAGUCCAGCAAAAAUGCUGUAAAAACCAGUGACAUAGAAACAGCCAACCUGUCUCCCAGCCUGAUUCCUGCACAGCAGCCCACGAUUUCCUUAAUCACAGAUGACAACACAGACACACUGAGUGUGGAGUCGCUCACCCUGGUGCCCCCAGUUGAUCCCCACAGCAUUCGAACAUUCAGCUGCAUCCCUCAGGCCUCUCUGCAGCCUGAACUUGAAGCUGACAUGGUGAAGGAGGUAGAGGGAGAAUGUUCUGACUAAAGCCACCAUGCAGACUGUAAUAAACACUGAGGGAAGUGCAACCAAAUUGUCAUUUGUUUUUUCUCUGGGAGUGCAGAUACUUCUGGAGGCCUGAGAGGCCUCAGGUCCACACUAAGGGACCAACUGGUGAUGGAGAAUGUCAGCAGCUUUUAGAGCCAACAUUGGAUCCUCAGCAUAUCUGAACUGGAGAAGAGAGAAAAACCCCGAACGUUUGAAUCUGGACUGCUUCUUUCCUACCAGUUUCUGUUAUACAAGAACAUGAACGUAUUUCAGAGGACCUACUGCCUUUCUAAUAGGAACUAAUUAAUUAUAGAAGGUCUACAGUAUUAUGGCAAAGUGAAGAGACUUUUGGAUACCCAGCUUCAUGGUACUGCAUUAUUACGUCUCUGAAAUGGGAGACGUGCCAUUGACCAGAAAAAAUUAUAUAUUAUAGGACAGAGGUAAAGCUUCCUUUUGAGUCAGGGUGUGUUUUUUCACUUUGGUGUUUGGUUUGGGGCUUUUUUUCUGGAGGGGGGCGUUUUGGGAUUUUAUUUGGUUCUUUUGGUUGGUUGGUUGGUUUUGUUUUUUAACCCUGAUCUUGUUCAUCUUUUGGAGGUCUGCACAAUACCAGCAGGCUUGGUCAUAUUCAGUAUUGUCUUGGUAGGACUUCAGACUUAAAUACUACGUUUUCCAUAUGUAAUAUUUAUUUCAAGGUUUGAUUCAAAGUUAAAAUACAAUGCUUGUUCAAAUUAACAUAAGGAAUUUUUGAACUACUUUAGUCUUUGCUUAGCCACCUAGAGCGGAAUGUAAAACAUUUUAAAAGAUUGCUAUAGCUUGUUUGUUCACUUCUGACAGUCUAAUUGCUACACAUCUGAGGAGUGGUGAUAUCCCUGCAACUGAAAGACAACUUCAAGAAGCAGACAAGCAGUUUUACUCUAAAGAGGUUUUUCACAUAUUUUAUAGUUAGGUAGGAAGAAGGUCACCAUAUCUAACUGAUAAUUCCUUUGCAGGUCUGAUCUUGAACAGUAUUGUGUAAUUUAUUUUUUUUUCUUAUCUGGGAUAGUAUCUUACUUAAACAACAUUGCUACAUAAAAGUUAGUGAGUUAACAUUACUUCCUAGAUCCUGACACCAAGCUGACAGAAAAGGGAAAGAUGUUGAUUAAAGUCUGGAAUGUUCUUUGCUGACUUGAUGCAUAAUUUAACAUGAAAGGAAUUUAACAUUUUUCAUCAAUUUCCAAGUAAGUUAAUUUAAUAGUAAAAUGAAUAGAUUGUCAUUGCUGGUCUGUUUACUGAGUUGGCAAUUCCUCAAAGGAGGACUGCUGUUUACUUGGUAUUGGUUUUAGUCACCACUGCAAUCUGUUUCCUCAUUCUGUCUCUACUGACAUUGACUUCGUACCAAAUAGGUGAAUCUGCAAAGUUUUUACCCAGUUCUUAGCCUCUUCCUGGCUGUUACAGGGAAUACUCGAUUUUUCAGUGUUUUAUGUAUGUAUAUGAGAUUGACUAAUUCACAGGUACCACUUCUCUCACUUUUUGUCUUCUCCUUCACAUAAUAAUUGAAUCUUUGCCAUCUGGGUGUAUGAGGUGUCUGCUACUGAAUCCCAGUAAUUUUUUUCCCCCCUUAUUAACUUUUACAUGCAGUUUUGAUUUCUAAUUUUCUGUGACGACUUCUUUCUCUCAGACUGAAUUAACUGGUACUCUGACCAUUCCAGAGUGGCCCAAACUCUAAAUGAACUCAGAGUUAGGUGUCCUCAGCACUGCAGUGGAUUUUGUGUGAAAAUCUGGCAUUAUUAGGAUAAGAGUCUACAUUUUGGAUUGUUUAGUCUCGUGCUUAAGAUGAAUUUGCACUCAUGCAGUCAUUGUUGCAGCUAAUGUGCAUGUACCUGAACAAGCCUAGACAUCAGUAACAAUCUGGGCACAAGGACCACAUGAAUUUUCAUUAGCUGAACUGACUGCAGUCUAGCCUUUCUCUGAAAUGUUGCAGCAUUACACUGUAGUCUCAGUAAUAUUCUAAAGACCAUUAUAAAAAAUGCCUCACUUAAUUUGAAAGCAUUUUAUCUUAGUUAUUAACCUGAAAUUCUUGACCUAGUUUACACAAAAUACCACUGUGCAGGCUGAUUUCCCUUAAAUAGAAUUCAUUUUAAACUGGGAAACCUUGAUCUUUAUUUAUCUCAUUUCAAAUUCAGAUCUAGCAAGAUUAGACCCGUGCACAAGGAGUCUCUUCGAUGCAUGUUCAUAAUGUCACUCCUGAGCACAGGAAAUGGAGCAAAGGGAAAGAAGGGUGACUCUGCUUUUCAUUACUUUUGAGUGGCUUUUAACUCUCAUGAUUACUUGUCUAGUGAGAGCUUCACAGGAAAUGACUGAGACAGGUACUGUUAUUAGGGAAAUAGAAGAAUAAGUCUGCUGUUAAUUUGCCUGAGCCACCUCUGAGGAAAAAACCUGAGAUCCAACCUAAACCCGCCCUGACUCGGCUCCAGCCGUUUCCUAAUUAAGCAGUAAAAUGUGAAUAACUCUAAUUUCCAGACUUACUACAAGUGUAAUUCUUGUGAUUACUUCAAGCAAUCCAAAAAUUCAGUAAUUGCCCUGGAAUUGAGUAUCAUUUCACUAGCAGUAAAAUAAACUUUAUGCUUGAACACAUAGGUAAGCUAUCAGACAAGCAGGUGAAACUGUGUGUGUAAGGAUGGAGCCACUUCCUAAGAGUGAACACUUCACCCACAUGGUGCUGCUUUGCUCUGGUGUAGUCAGUCACUUCUCUGCAGGAGACAGGGAGCUCCAGAAUAGCCUCAGGAGCUGUGGCACUGACCAGCAGGGAGUAGUAGUCAGAAAACCACCACUAAGCUAAACAUUCUUCUCUUGUCUCCACUAACCAGCUGAAGUUAAACUUGUUUUUAAAAGAACAUUGCCCAGGCAGGCAGUCGCUGUCUGGGAAAACAAAUGGUUUGGUUCUACAUGUAGUUGAAUCAGAGAUCUGCAGAGACAUUGGCUGGGGGCAGGGAGAUCGAGGCCUUUUGCCUCCAAGGUAAUUAGUCUCCUUCUUUCAGACAGCCUAAUGUAGCCAUCCAAAUAUAUGCUGAAAAUUCUCUUCUUAACUGCUGCUGUCCUCCUUCUUGAAAGAGUUUUUUGGUGUGUCCCUGGUUCACCACCACUGUCCUACCCUAGGAUAUCACCCACCUAGGCACUACUCUUCUGUUAUCUGGCAGUCUUAGGAGAAGUUCUCCUGUGCUUGCCUGCUGUGUUUCUCUUGAGCUUUCCCAACAUUUGCAGCAUGAGUUAGAAACAAAUAGAAUAACUCUUCCCAUAUCCUAUUGGAUUCUGAAAAGCAGAGGGGGAUCCAAGCAGGGCUUGCUAGGGUGGGAUGUUUUUAGGGGCUGGGAGGGGAGUAGUUCUUGGGGGUUUUUCUGCUGCUCAAGACUUGAGCAGCAACAAAGACACAGGAGAUGCAGUUCUUGACUGAGUCUCAGAGGGUUCUUUCAUAUGGAAACCUAUUUUUAUAUUAUAUUUGUACAGAAUUUUCCCUAUUUUGAUCUCCUAACAUUUUUAGAUUUGCACGUUGCUCAGAUUUGAUUUGCAAAGUGUUAAAAUAUAUAUUUGUGUUUGUUAAUGUAUUAUAAAUGUAAAGCUAAAUUUUGGUUGUCUAAUAAAUGUGCACUGUGGUGGUAUCUGGUUUAUUGUUUUGCUAAAUUGAAUUCAUUGGUUCUUAAUGUGAAAUGGAAAAACUUGUCAUUGUUGGGACUGUCUUGUUAGCAUAAAUGUGUGGAGUGCAUUUAUUUUAAAAGUAACUAAAAAUGGCUUAAACAGGUAAUGACUAAGAAUACUUGAUAACAAAAGUUAAGGUCCAGACUAGUACACAGGAUUCUUUUAAAAUCACAAUCUGAAGAUGCAUGAGAUUUUUUUUUAGCCUGUUUCCCAUUACUUUUGGUUAUGGUUACUCAUGCUGAAGUGAGUUUAAGACACGUAAUAAUUGCAAUCUGAUCACUUCAGUAUGUAUGAGAAGAUCUGGCAGUUAGUGUUUGGGUGUGUUUAAGGAUUAACUGGCAGAAGUAUUUACAAUGAACAUAAUAAUUUUUAAGAUUGGUAAUAAAUUCAAGUGUGCAGUUUCAUAGACUAUUACAAUGUCUAGCAGCUUUGUUUUGCCAGGGGACAGCACUGAAUAUACAUUGUCACAACUUCAGGAAGCCCUCUAGAAGCAUUGCAAACUUCAGAAGAUAACUUUAGGCAUCUCCACUUGUGAAUAGCUUGUGUCGAUAUUUUUGUUGCAAACUCUUUCCUUCAUUUUUAGAUGUUUUGUAAGUUUGAUUGUUUUCAGUGCAAAGAGGGAGAAAUGUAUUUUUCUAGAAGAAUGAACGUACCUGGGAUUUAAGCACUACAGAAAGCAUUUAAUGAACAUGGACUAUCCUCCUAUGAAAUACAUGUCAGUAAAGUUGUCUGAAAUGUAGUUCAUUUGGGAAAUCAAAGUCCUGAACAUGCACUUACAUAGAAAAAAGCCCAAACAUGUUUGAAUUGAAUUCUGAAAUGUCUUUCUACAGGCAAUAAGUAUUAAUUUAAUCUAAGUUAUGUUAGACAUUUGGAGUAAAUGUGAUAUCUUAUGUUAAUUUAAAGAACAAUAUAACUAAGUGUCUGGGAAGGGAGUGAAAUUAGAAAAUAUUGGUGUAUGUUUCUGAAAUCCAGACUUCUGAGUCUGUAUUUGCUGGCAUUGAUGAUUUGUUGUGGCUAUUGAAAACCUGGACAAGAACAAGGAAUAAACCUUUGUAAAUGGAACUUGGCAAUAAAAAUGGUGUUACUAAGAAAACUUC